AUUCAAAAUAUAUUUUAUCGUAUGUGUAGUGUAACUGUCCAAAUUUCAAUCAUUCGAAAUGUCUAUGGAAGAAGCUGCAAUGUAUUUAAUAAGAUUUGCAACUCUCGGAGGUGAAAAUCUAAAGGAACACAAUGAACUAUUUGGAGAAUUGUGCAGAGAUUUGAAGAAGCUGGAAUUAAGAUAUGCAUUAUUAAUUCUCAAGAGUUUUGCACCUGUUCAUAAAUCAACAUUACAGGAAUGUUUCUUUUAUACGAAGCUGCUGUUUAUGUUUGGUGAAUUGAAAACAUUACUUCAAAUGUCAUUUGGUAAAAACAAACUCAUUAAUCGUAAAAUUGUUCGAAAUAAAACAUUUAUCAAUUUCGUUUCUACAAUCUGCCUGAGAGACUUCGUAAAUGAUGUGUGUAUGAAAACAUCUUACAUAAACCGCUUGUACAUGAUAAGAAAAAUAAGUCGUCUGGUUCCUCAUCCCGAAAUAUUUUUCUUCACCAUCUUCUCUGCAUUCGGAUUUGAAUCAGCUAGGCCCUUCCUACCUUACUGUUCAAUGGAGGUGGUUAAAGUGUACCUGACGGAAAGACACAUCACUUUCAAUGAUAAAUCUCUCUUGUCCUUGCAUCGUAAGGACCCAACCUUCCUGAAGUUAUACUUUAAAGUAACGAAAGACAAACUAAGGAAGAAGCUAUGCAUCGCGCUAUGCAAAGAUAAAGUACUGUUAGAGUUGAACAAAGAUCUUAUAUUCGGUAAAAGAUCCUUCCGUGAUUUUUAUAAUUUAAAUAAGGCAUACGUCUUGAAGAACAGCCUGAAAUUCGUGAAGUUCGCUAAGACAAUCAUCGUUAUGUACGGCAUUGAAGAUUACAGGAUAUUUUUAAAAAAUAUGCUUCCGAAAUAUGAAGACGAUUUUAAAAUUACUAAAGAGAUCAUUCAAACACUUCUGGCACUUUCGAAGAAGCAGCGUUUCAACGAGUUCUACACUAUCUAUAAGGAUCUUUACUGUAGAAGCUUCGUUGACGCAAACGAAGAUCUCGUGAUGAUAAUAACCACUGAAGAUAGGUUAAAAUUGGACAUUGGGGUCAGACUGGAAUAUCUACUCGCAUCGGAAAGUCUGCAACGAUUCCGGGCUAUGAAAAAUAUAUCAGAAGAAACUUUGAAGAAAAUGAUUAUAUGCUGCAAAGUGAAUAACUGUACUGAUACAUUGCUUGAAGUAUUAACCGCAUUUAGCAAAUGUUUCCUUUACAAAAAGAACAAGUUUCUAAUAGCUUUCAUGAAAAAUUUGAAAAUGAUACCCGUGGAAAAUUUGGGAGAAAGACACUGGCAUUACAUCAAUACUUAUUUGACGUACGUGAAAAAAUUCUCUGUAUACGAUUUACCUAUUUUCCUCCACUACUUCAUAAAUUAUGCACUUUUUAAGAUGCGACAAAGAGUGAGAUGCGAGGAAGUGCUAAUUUCAAUAUUACGUUACUCCAUUGCUUCAGAUGACUUAAGAUUUUUCAAACAUUAUCCGGAAGUAGAGAGAUACUUUCUGAUGAGUGCACCACCACUUAUCGAUAGCAUUGAUAAUGUAGAUAAUGACGAGUUGAAAUUGAAAUAUUAUUAUAGUCUGUACCUGUACAAUAACGAUAACAGGUCAAAUCAAUUUACAUUAUUCUCGUUUCCCACAUGGUUCCCAAAUUAUAUUCGCAAACUACAUAAACCAGAUAGUAAAUGCAUGUAUAAAGUUUAUCAUAUCAUCAUUGAGCUUUGGAAACAGGAUACUGAGAGCAUGAGUUACAUGGAUUACAGGGAAGAAGUGUUAACCGCUUACUUUAAUAAUAUGACUUGCAUGAUAUCCGAGAAUUUGCUUCUAUGGUUCCUGACGAACAAACCGAGAGUAAUAGAAAUAUUCCUGGAUACAAUCAUUUCAAAAACUCAGCCCUACCUAACAUACUUCAAUUUUUACUACGAAUUGAAUAAAAUGGCAUGGCUGGGUUUGGCCAAUAAACUGAGUAAAUUUUGCAUGUUGAUUUACAAUGCACAGGAUGUGUUCCUCGGUAGAGGUGUCUUCCAAUUCCUAUCGUACAGUUCAAACUUUGGAAAUGCAACUCAAUCUUACGAUCCCACCGUCUGCGAUUUGAGCAUGUACAAUUCGAAAGUUUUGCAAGAAUGCCACAGAUCUCUGCUGCUCGGCGGAAAGAAUUUUAUAUACCCAGAAACUGCUGUGCCGUUCGUAUUAAAAUAUUGCUCAUUUCAAUACUUUAAAUAUUUUACGCCAACAUUCUACAAUUUGAUAUUUCAUUCAUCGCACGAAUUCGUCCAAAAACUUCUUAUCGAAAUCUUAAAAGGCAGAUAUGAUUUUCCCGUAUGGAAGCACGGAAUUUACUUAACUUACAGAAUGUUGAAUCAAACGUUGUUUAUUAAUUACAUCACUGAGCGUAUUAGAACGGAACCAGACCCUGAAGUUUUCAAAUGGAUUUUCAAAAUAGCCGUUAAGCAAUUAGUGGAGAAUUGUCAUGAAUCGACGUUGAAUAUCAUCGCAAAAUCAAACAAAUUGAUCGACUUGGACGGGAUCAGCGAGCUGAAGCAUUUCAAGAACGUUCCAACUAAGUUAUUCUGCGAUUUCGUGCGAUUCAUUUGGAAGAAAAACGACCAAACAGAGAUAAUUAAGUACAUUACCGUAGAAGCGAUCACUUUAUUCCCAACCAAUUUUAACAUCGAGUGUCUGGAACUGGCGUUUCAUACGUUGAAUAUUGACUACAUGUACAAUUUCUGCUCUGCUUCCUUCGAGAAUGUGGAUCUCUUCACUACGUUCGCUCCGACAAAUGAAAUGUUACAUAAGAUAGUAAACCGGGCAGUUAAGGAGAGGAACGCCAAAGUGGCAAAAUAUAUGACGUGCAGCUUAUUAAAAUUAACUUACAGCAUGAGAAUCAAGCUGGUUCUGCUUCAAAGAUAUAUGUCCAACCAUGAAAUGUUUGUUGUCGAUCUAAUUAGUUACCAUGAUAAUCUGUUUGAGGAUUAUACAACUUCUAUAUUGCCAUCAUGCAGAUCCAUUAUACGAGAAUUUGUCAUUGAACUCGGAAUAGAUCAGCUGGAGUUGGCCGAAGGCCUUAUGAACUAUAAUUAUAAAGUACUCCGAUUGAAAUUGUUAGCAUUGGACAUGCUUCCGUCGUACAAGGCAAAAGAUUUAAACUUUAAUGCACGAUUAAGUAGAGUUCUUAAUCUUAUUCGAAAAGACAGCAAUGAUGUCAUAUGCGGGUAUUGUAACUUGUAUCUAAGCGGAAUUCGAUAAAUUGUAUUUCAUAAUACUUUAUUUAUUUAUUAUAUUUAUAUUUAU